AUGUCGACCUCAUUCCAAACGCCCUCGAAGAAAAAAAACAAGCAAACGAUUCCCGCCAUGGCAAACUCCUAUACACUCCUUGCUGAUUUGAAUGCCGGUCGUUGCUCAAACACGGCGGAGGUCCGGCUUCUGCGUUUUUGGAAGGCGUGGAACACCAGCAGGAACAUCGGACGGUCCGGCGAACUGAUGAGCCUUGACAUGCUCCUCAUUGAUGAGAAUGCGACGCUGAUGCAAGCUUCUAUUGCUGCCGUUCGACAGAUGAGAUUCCGGCAGUCCCUCAAAAAAGGUUCUCUGUACAGCCUAACCGGUUUUGAUGUCACGCGCAGCAACCCAAAAUACCGGUUAUCUGAUGCGACUCUCUCCAUACGGUUCAAUGAUGGGACUUUCUUUGAGAAGAUUGAAACCACAGCCCGAACCAUACCAACCGAGCUCUUCUGA